AUGGCCUCCACAAAGCACUCCCAGAGGUUGCUUGCACAAAUCAGUAGCUCCCGCACCAGAAUCGCCAUCACCACCAAGCAGCCACAGCUUCAAUUCGGUCGCAGACUCGUCUCAUCCUCCUCAAAGUCCCAGUUCAAGGGUCAUCAGACCGGUGCCGCUUACAACCGCUUCCUCAUUGGCGCAAUUGGUCUUGCUGCAGCAGCACCCAUCGCCUACAAGAUGGCCGUCCAGGAACCCUUCCAACUCGAUCCGCCGACCCUGGCCGAGCGUGAUGCCCUGACCAAGCGGGAAUCCGAAGUCACCGUCGACUCGCCCAUGCGCCUGCGCAUGGAAAAGUUCAUCAAGGAACAGCAGCAGAUCAUUGUCAAGGAGCUCGAGAGGGUCGACGGGACUAAGUUCCGAAAGGACGAAUGGAGCCGGAAAGAGGGCGGCGGCGGCAUCACCUGCGUGCUCCAGGAAGGCAACGUCUUCGAGAAGGGCGGCGUCGGCGUGUCCGUCGUCUACGGCACCCUACCCAAACCCGCAAUCGCCAAGAUGCGCGUGAACCACAAGAACCUCGACGACAACGUCGACUCCCUCCCCUUCUUCGCCGCCGGUCUCAGCAUGGUCCUGCAUCCCAAGAACCCGAUGGCGCCGACUGUCCACCUAAACUACCGCUACUUUGAGACGUCGAACCCCGACGGCACCUCGCAGGCCUGGUGGUUCGGCGGCGGCAGCGAUCUGACCCCGUCGUACCUCUUUGACGAGGACGCCGUGCACUUCCACAAGACACUCAAGGAGUCCUGCGACUCGCAUGAUAAGAGCUACUAUCCGCGCUUCAAGAAGUGGUGCGACGAGUACUUCUACAAUAAGCACCGAGGCGAGUGCCGCGGCGUCGGCGGUAUCUUCUUCGACGACCUCGACGAGACCGAGAAGGAUCGCGAGAACACCUUUGCCUUUAUCCAGGACUGCCUCAAGUCCUUCCUGCCCGGGUACAUCCCCAUUCUCGAGAAGAGAAAGGAUAUGCCCUUCAACGAGGCCGAGAAGGACUGGCAGCAGAUCCGCCGGGGCAAGUAUGUCGAGUUCAACCUCGUUCACGACCGCGGCACCGCCUUUGGCCUCAACACACCCGGCUCGCGAGUCGAGAGUAUUCUGAUGAGCUUGCCUUUGACGGCGAGCUGGAAGUACAUGCAUGAGCCCGAGCCCAAGAGCCGCGAGCAACGCCUUGUGGAUGUCCUCAGAGCGCCCAAGGAGUGGGUCUAG